GCGGCGUGAGUUUGCUGCAAGAUUCCAGCAAACCCGGGAACAGUAUUUGUGUUGUGUUUGAAGCCAUGAACUCUCUGGUCGGCUACGGAGUGUCCUCAGAGUCCGACAGUGACGGAGGCGUGGAGGACCCAAACCCCGGCGGAGCUCGGGAGCUGGGUGGCCAGGCAUCAGCUGUCAAAAAGACGCGCAACUUUUUGCUGGAGUCUGGUUCAGCGUCCAGCGAGUCGGAACCAGAGGAGGAGGACCCGGAGCCGUCCUGCUCGCCACCUCGUCCCCAAAAGCUGGCAUCUUCUGCAGCCGGCCAGCCCGCCGUUCCCUCUGCUCCCCCGGGUUCCCUCGCCUCCCACAAGCUGCCUCCUCCCUCCCUGCACACCUCCUCUGACAGCGGCGUGUUUGCCAACCCUUUCAAGGCGCAGGCGGACCGAAAGCUCAGCGCGCUGCAGAAACACGUGCCCCUCACCAUGCAGGCCAGACCCUCCCAGAUCGGAGGGAGGAAGGUGUGCGUGUCGUACAGGAAAGACGGACGGUGCAGGUUUGGGAUAAAGUGUAAGUUUGCUCAUGACAGUGACCUGCAGACUCGCGCCGACAGCCACCCGCCCGCGAGCGAGGACACGCCGGCGUCGGAUCAGGCAGAGUCCCGCGCAGGUGGCUCACGUGGCGUGGGAUCUCAGAGCCUCCAGCGGACGAAAGGGCAGCAGCAGCAGCAGGAGGAAGAGGAGGAGGAGGAGGAGGAGGGAGGGCAGCAGGUGAAGAAGAGGAAGGUCGGACUGAGUAACACCUUGAUUCCUCCUAAACGAGCAAUGAAGCAGUACGCCACGCAGAGGGACAGAGAGCAGAUCAAUAUGUCCUGA